UUGCAGUGAGACCUGAAACUCCUUGGGCAGGACAUGCUCCAAAACUGUCCUCACGUUUAGUUGGAACACUCGUCUCAUCACCAUUUUCGGCUCUGUACUUCACACUGAAGACUUAACAUAGCUGAAAAUGACCAACAUGGCUUUCAACAUACUUUUUGUGGCUCUGUUGUCACUGAGCAAGAGCCAUGCCACCCCAAUGUUCUACAACAUUUCCAUGGAUGGCAGUGGUGACGAUGCAUUGGAGCUCAUUUUCCCCACGUCCUUUUCCACUCGAGCUCCUGUUGAAGUGAGUGCCAGCACAAAGGCGCCAUCCUUCACUGAAACCAUCACCAACACUCUCACCACCACCAUGGUCCGCCUCAAAGACUUUGUCCUCAGUCGAGUGGUCGACUUCCUACAGGAGAACCUGCUCAUCAUCAUUGUCGUCACCUCUGUGCUCAUCGUGAUGGUUUUCAUUAUCUGUUGUGCCUCUGCCAUGAGCCACAAAAGGAAGCUCGAGUCCUACAAGCCUCUUCCCAGCCCCCCAAAAAAGUACACAGCAGAUAAAAAGGGAGUGAGAAAGAAUUCAAGUGAUCUUCACGAGAGGUCUUUUGCUGUUGAUCAUGUCAAAAGGGUUCACUCUCAGGCCCUAGCCUCCCCCAAAACCCUGCGUGUGCCUUCCAAGGCUCUGGUGGGCGAGAAGGGCAGGGAUGUCCCAUCUUCUCCCAGACAGGAAGAGAGAAAGGCCAGAAACACAGAAGAGAUGGAGAGACGCCGAGAGGAGCCCCGGGCCAGAGAGCAGCCCAGAGAGCAGCCUAGAGAGCACCCCAGAGAGCAGCCCAGAGAGGAGAGGAAAUACAGGCAAGACCUGCCCUAUGACAGAGCCAGUCCCAGCUCCAUCUCCAGUCAACCUGUCUGCACCUGCCACCUUAGGAAGACCUACCACUAGAGAAAAACCACGAGCUCCCAACCACCAUCACGUGGGUCACUAUAGUAAGGUAUAACAGAUAUCAAGUGAAUGCAAAUAAAAGAAGGUACGGCGAUCCUUUCUGAGACCUAGUGAGUAGUUUGAUGAAGAUGCUAAAUUUUGGAAGACCCAAACAGAAUAGUGCAGUAGUAAAUCAUGUUUCAGC